AAGAGGAAAUUAACAAUGGCUGUGUGUGAAAGACGCAAAGAAAUGUUGGAGUUGUACAUACUUUUCAGUUGUUAAUAAGUGGGGAGCAGUAAAAACCGAAACAACAUCAUCAAACAUUCACACCAAGUUCAGAUCAAAGUUGAUCACGUUACAUGUUUCGUCUGUAUAGUCAAUGGUUGUAAAUUUUUUUGUGUAAACAGUUAUUUGUUAUCGUCAAUAUUAAUUACAUUGUUUUUUUUUCUCACUAUAAUGUUAAAUAUUUGAUAUUGAAAUCAAUACCCAGCUGUUCCUUUUAAAUUGAGUGGAUAAUAAACUACUUGUGACAGUGGGGUGAUUUAAUAUAUACUCUGACGGAUUAACCACUAAAAGGAUUAAAUAGUUUCCAAAAACUUUAAAUUACAUUUAAUUUAUAAACUUGAAUCAAAAGUUUAAAUGUUUACUUAGUGAUUAAUCGUUCAUUUACCUUGGAAUUGAAUUAAAAAGUAAACAAAGGAAAUAGAUCUUAUUCUUAUUAAACAAACGCGGAAAUUUCUACAGAGUUACGCAUCGGGCAAUGUUCUAACCACCUCCACAUUUUCCAUUAAAUCCAUAUGCGCACACCCAGGCUCCCAAGGUUUUGCGUAUACAUACAUAGUUGGUGAUUGUGCAUGCGUGUAUGAACACGUAAAUUAACAAUAAGUUAUUUCUUGGAUACUUUCGAAAAUAUUACCUGUGAUAUUGUCUAUGGUGAUUGUUGUUAAUAAUAAUAAAUUAGUCUAUGUUAGUGCCAUAAUUCUCCUCUUAAUAUUAAUUAAUAUUUAUGGUAUUUAUCAAUACCAAUUUACAUGAACUGGGUCAACAGUGUAAAAGACAAAGAAAAAAAAAAAUAUGGCGAAACUGUGGAUUUUAUUACUGUUUUUUGUUUCUUCGUCUUGGGCAGUUAAAGAUACUUUUUCAGUGAUUGAUAAAUUACGGCAUGAUUUAAUUGUUCUAAAAGAUUUGCCAAUUAGUCAACGAGAAGGUCGAGAUGUUGAUAAAGAUGAAACGUUAAUGAAUAUCUUCAAUAUUUAUGAUGAAUUUAAUGAAAAAAUCAACGAUGCAUCAUUAGCUAUUGGAAAACGACAUUUAAAUGCAUUAAAUUCUCUUUGGUUAUGGGCUAUUACUCAAAAAGAUAUGAAUAUUGUUGAAGGAAUGUAUACAAAUUUCUUACAAAAAUUACACGGUGUUACGAAAGGAUUUGAACCAUUGAAUAAAAAUUAUUGGAUGACUUUUGCUGACGUUGUUUUGACUCAUCCAAAUGUUUCUGUACCCGUAGCACUUCGACGAAUAUCUGAUGCUAUUGUUGAACAAAAUUUAUUUAUUUCUGCUUAUAAGGAAGCAUCAUCACAAAUUUGUGAUGAAAGACUCCCCCAACAGCUAUUAUACAAUUUGUAUAAUAUUAUCACAGCAACGGAAAUAAAAGGAUAUAUGAUGAUGCAGUUCUCAUAUACUUUCCUGAGAUUAUAUAAUAAUGGCACUUUCAAAGAUGAAGGUAACAAAACUCUACGAGAUUAUGAAACAAGAGUAUCAGAAACUAUCAGGGCUGUUCGUACUGCUAUGGCUUUUGCUCCACGAGAUUUAUGGAGAUGUGAUCCACCACCAAAAAAACACAAAGAAGGAGAAACUUACGCUGAAUUAAAACAAUUAUUUCAAGGAUAUAUUGUCAAUGAAGUUGAUUUAAAUCCAUCAUCGAGUUGCCUAGAAAAUUGUGCUUAUUAUUCAUAUUCUAAGGUACAUGGGUGCUAUGAUAAUCAAUAUUGUGCACAGCAACGAAGAUGUAAUGGAAAAGUUCUUAACUGUCAAUACGUUGACUCUGACAUGUGGAUUUGUCCGUCGCAGAAAAAUAGUAAUAGAAGAUAUGAGUACAUUGAGUAUGAAAAUGGAAGAACGCUAGGAAACAAAGGAACUUGUAAACGAUCAACAACCAAAGUUGAUAGCUGGUGGCGUUGGCUCUUUUGGCAUUGUAGCUAUUGUAUGUGUCUUUGUGAUGACCAUAAUUCCAGUUCUGAUCGGUAUUUUAACCUUCGAGAUGUAACUUCUGAUAUCUUGGAUAAUAAAGUUAUUACUGGAAUUAGAUUAGUAAAAGAGAAUCAAAUAAUCCAUAUUCAAAUUCAACAAGGUGAAUUACUUGAAAGAGGACAAAUAAAUGAAGCUAGUGUAUCAUGGAAACGAAUUGAUAAUUUUACGAUAUUAGAUCGUAAUGUAAUGAACGGUCGAGACUUCCACACUCUGUCAUGGGAAAAAAGAGCUAUCGAUCUUGAUGAUCUCAUUGCACCUGAAGAGCACGUUUUAACAGGAGCAAGAUUCCGAAUGGUGGGUGCUCAUUUAAAUUUCGAAAUUCGUGUAACACCUUUUAACUUCACCUCAGGAAAAUUGAUCAAGCCGAUGGAAAAAAGUACAUGGAUCAGUAAUGAUAAUACUGAUGUUAAUGAUCCUUCUGGAUUUGAUAGAAGAACUGAGUUUAUCAUUCAAAAACCAGAUAUUCCUACUCGUACUCAGGCACCAACAUUCCCUGAUUCAAAAUCAAAUCAAUUUUUGAAUUUUGGCCCGACUGAUAUGGAUAAAGAUGCAGCUCAAACAACGAUUCCAUUUAUAGAUAUUCAACCCGUUGAAACGAAUCCAUCAUUCCCUCUCGCUGGUGCAGGUAUUUUUCAUAAAGGACGUGAUGGUUAUGGUGGAUAUGUUGCUGUUAAAGUUAUAACUUAUGAUAUUACCAAUCACAUCCACGCUGAGGUGCCUACUCCACCUCCAAUUAUUGGAUGGAAUAAUAUACCUGCCAAUAAAUAAUCUAGUUUAUUUGAUUAAAUGCAAUUUCAUUGAUAAUAUUGGAAUAAAUUAAAAUAUAAUAUAUCUUUAUAUAAAGAGAUAUAAAUGAACAAAGAAAUAAUUGGUGAUAAUAGCUAGCAUGACAAUUAUCAGUAAAUUAUUAUUAUUCUUAUUCUAUUAUUAUCGAUCUAAAGUUAUGUAGUUGAUACGAUAUACGAUUUUCUUUGAUAAUGAUCAUUAUAAAAUUGAAAGCUGUGUUUUGUAAGAUAUAAAGUAUCAAUACUUGAAUUAUUUUUUACCUCCGUUAUAAUUAAUAUUA